AAGGUUGAGGAUGCGGACUUCUAUGUGGAGAUAAUUCCGGAGAUCCAAUCUGCUGUUGUCACCUUCACAUGUGAUAUCGAUAUUCAGAGAUUCAUCAGAACGUUCUCCUGUAAUAUCAGAGCGAUUCACAACAAGCUGACAGCGAGGCCUCUGGAGGAAUACCAAAGUGUCAGGGUGGAGAAUGUACCGGAGAACACACUUGAGAUACAUCUGGCAGCUUUCUUUGAGAACCAAAAACAGGGAGGAGGAAGAGUAGAGGACAUUGUGAUGUUACCUGAGGAAAGAGCCGCAAUGAUCACAUUUCAUGACACAGCAGAUGUCAAAAGAGUUUUG